AUGCUGGAAUUGCUUGAGAACGAAAAUAUUGAUAGGCUCAAACAGACAGGUGGGACAGCAUUUAAUGGUGUUGUUGAAGAAUUGAAGAAAGUCACUACUCGAGUUGUGCAUGUGCUCCCUGUUUCUGAUGAUGGUGGAAGCACGGCUGAGAUUGUGCGUGUGCUUGGUGGACCUGCUGUGGGAGACAUAAGAUCAAGAUGUUUGAGAUUGUCUGAUGAAAGUACUGCAGAAGCUCUUUCUGUUCGGAAAUUGCUUGGGCAUCGUUUGCCUAUUGAUCCUUCAGAGGCAAAGCUGGAAUGGUACCAGAUUGUAGAAGGAGACCACUCUUUAUGGGAGGGAGUCUCUCGUCCAUACAGGGAAACGAUUCGUGCCUUUUUGGUCUACUUUCACAGUGAGGUCUGUCUCACAUGUGACAUAUACUUCGACGGUCAGCUGAAAUGUUUUGCUUCACCCAUGGCAGGUGAUUCUUCUAAGGAUGGGACUAUCAUUCGCUGCCAAAAUGAAAUAUCACAUCCAAGCAAUGGACGCCGAGAAAUUGUCAACAAGGAUUGUAAUUCAUGCAGUGCACUUCCUUCAAGGAUCAAGCGUGUGUUUUACAUGUCAAGUGAAGGCAGCAACCUAUUGCAUGAGGUUUUCCCUGAAGUUAACCAUACAGUUUUGGAGCAGCUAAGUAAGGUGGACUGCGUUGUCUAUGCUUUGGGAUCACUCUUUACAUCAGUCUGUCCAUCACUGGUAUUACGUGGCAUUGGGGAGACUAUAGCAUCAAGAUCCAUCCCCAAGGUACUUCUUCUGAAUGGAUCACAUGACAGAGAGACUGCUGGGCUGUCUGCCUCUGGCUUUGUCACUGCAAUUACUGAUUCUCUAAAUCGGACAUAUGGUGAUCCUCACAAAAGCUUAAAGAAUCGUCCCAAUGACUAUGUAAAUGCUAUAUUGGUUCCAGAAGGAGGCCAAGUUCCUUUAGAUAUUGCAAAUUUGGCAGCUCAGGGAAUCUUUAAUGUCGUAACCGUGAAGUCUAUUCAUGACCCGAAAGUUGGCGUCAUAUUUGAUGCACGGUCAUUGAUCCACGCCCUAACCAUUCUCAUAUCUGAACAUAUGGAUAUGUGUCUCUCAGAACGUGGUCAUCUAACUGAAAAUGUAAAAGUUGUAAAUUGA